AUGGUCAAACGCGCCGUUUGCGUUGGAUGCAACUACCCUAGCAAACCGUACGGUUUAGCUGGUUGCGUGAAUGAUGCCUUUUUGAUUGCUGGGUAUUUGGAGGAACACCUUGGUUUCAGCAAGGAGAACAUUUGUGUGCUGCAUGACGUUCUGCCGGGGAAGAGGAGAAACGUACAGGUCGACGAAGAAAAACGGCCGACGCGGGUCAACAUCCUGCAGAAGCUGCAAUGGUUGGUCAGGAGCACCAAACCUGGUGAUGUGUGCUUCUUUUCCUUUUCUGGCUACGGGUUGCAGGUCGAUGAUGUUGAUACCAUGCCCGACGAAGGGCUGGAUGAGGCAGUCCUGCCAACCGAUUACCAAGAAGGCCCAGGCCAUGACAUCACCGUCAUUGUUGGGUCCGAAAUCCAUGACUUGUUGGCUGGCGUCCCUCCACAGAGCUCUGUGACGAUUGUGAUGGACUGCGACCACGCAACCUCUAUUGCAGACGUGACCGGCACGCUGAAUGGCGAACUUAUCGCUGGUCUCAAAGAAACUGCAUACUGUGGAAUGAUGAAGGCCCACACGCUCAAAGUAGAGCCUUCCACCCACCGGCGAGAGAUUUGGCUUGACGAAAGUUCACGACAAGUGAAGGCCCGUCCUCGAUUCCAACCUACCAUGGAAGUCAUUCAUCCAACGAAAGGUCGCUUUCCCACUCGACCAGCCAUGUCACGGUCUAACCCUGUGGCCUUCUGCUUUUCAGCAUCUGCACAUGGACAAACAGCCGUGGAACUGCAGGUAACUGUCGCAGAAGCCACCUGGAGUACAAGCGAAGAGAGAAAACAGCAUGGAGUUCUAUCCUGGUGCUUCGUUGAAGCCAUGAAGGAGCUGAGGAAUGAUUGCACCUACCUGCAGCUCCUUGAGGAAAUGCAGAGGCAGCUUGCCAAGAAAAGAAAAGAAGUUCCGCGAUUGGAUCAAGAGACGCUUCUGACGUUCACACCGCCUUUGUCUGAGCCGACCAAGAUGAAGGUGCUGCAGCCCAUGCAGGCCAAGCCUCCAGCUCGACCGAGUGGAAGCUUGAGUGUGGUACCUCCGGUGGUCCCACCACCACCUCCUGGAUUCAUUGGAGGUUCUGGAGUGCAGCCUGGAAACCCUGGCAAGUCUGUUCCUUUGCGAGAGCGCACUGGGCCACCUUCCCCGCUGGGCACCUCAGGAGGUGAACUGGUGGUGAAACUAGGAAUGCAAAUGACACCGCAUCAGCCCAGGAAACGCCGCCCAGCAAACCGCCCCGAACUCAGUCCAUAUGAGUCCUCAUCAGAGAAUGUGAUGGAGUUGGUCUUCUCCAGACAAAAGGCAAAGAAGAAACUGCAGCGGAUUGCCGCGGCUUCGAAAAGUGCCCAGAGUGGCCUAUGCCAUACCAUUCUGGCAUCUGGGCAGAUCUUGCACGCCUUGGCAUAUUUUAGCAUAUCAAUGCAUAUCAUGGCAUAUCUCGGCCCAAUAGCUUCGAGCGAGUAUCCAAAGGAGUAUCCAUGGAAGUCCCUAACAAUGAAGGAUUUUCCACCUGGAUUUAUGCUGGGUGUUGGCACUGCUGCUUUUCAGAUUGAAGGAGCAUACAACGAAGGCGGCCGGGGCGCAUCAAUUUGGGACACCUAUGUAGGCGCCAACACUGUUGGCAUGCCAGGAUCAGUGUGCAGCGAGGCCCCCUGCCCGUUGAACAGCGUCAUGGCAGACAAAGGGGCCACUGGAAAUGUGGCCAACAACCACUACCACAAGUACAAGGAGGAUGUCGCAAUGAUGAAAGCCAUCGGAUUGAAGUACUAUCGCUUCUCCGUAGCAUGGCCGCGCAUCGUCCCUACUGGAGUGGUGAAGGAUGGAAUCAAUCAGGAAGGCAUUGCCUUCUAUCACAGCCUCAUCGACGAGCUGAUCAAGAGCGGCAUCACGCCCAUCAUCACCAUUUACCAUUGGGAUCUCCCACAAGGAUUGCUAGAUAUGAAUUUUGACUCUCCAAAUCCUCCGUGUGACAAGCGCUACAAGCAGGGAUGGUACGAGUGCGUCAUGAGUGCCGACAAUAAGCCAGUCCCAAGUGGCAUGAACUCGAUGAUCGUCAGUGAAUUCUUGCAGUAUUCGGAGAUCUUGCUCAAGGAGUAUGGCAAGAAAGUGAAGAUGUGGGCGACCUUCAAUGAGGCUUGGACCUUCACACACCUUGCCAGCGGAUACGGAAAAGCCCCGUCCAUGCAACCUUACAUGGACGUCGACGUGUGGCCCAAGGUUGCCGGCCACAACGUGAUUCUGGCCCAUUUGAAAGUGGUCAUGAAGUUCAGAGAGAUGCAAACAAAUGGGCAUCUCACUCCAGGGCAUCGAAUCUUCAUCACCAACAACCAGGACUGGCGUGAACCCCUCACUGACAAGGCGGAGGAUAUAGCUGCUGCCCACUACCUCGUUGAAGGGGGACUUGGUUGGUAUUGUGACCCCAUCUAUGGCGUCAACGGCGUCCACGACUAUCCAUAUUCUAUGAAGUCUACUUUGCCUUAUAUGCCCAAAUUCAGUGAAGAGGAGAAGUCUUUGCUGAAGGCCUACAAACCUGAUGCCUUCGGUCUAAAUCACUAUGGCACUAGCUUCGUCGCAUAUGACGGAGGUAAAUACACGAUCACGCACGGCAAGUUGGUGCAGGGCAAGUCCAGCUGGCUCUUCAGAGCUGCUUGGGGCUACCGUAAGCUCCUCAACUGGGUCAAGAACCGAUACGGAGCUGACCUUGAGAUUUGGGGCACGGAAGCUGGCUGGAGCGACGGCAUAGAAACAGCUCUAGGAGGAAAGAACGACUUCGGACGACUGACGUACUACCAGGAAUAUUUGCAGGAAGCUCUCAAUGCAAUCAAGGAAGACGGAGUCAAGAUGAAGUCAUUUAUGGCUUGGUCGCUGAUGGACAACUUUGAAUGGGAGAUGGGAUAUUCUGAACGAUUUGGGUGCUUGUGGAACGAGUUCUUGUGGGAAACGGACCCAAAUGCCCCCUCAGCGAACAGUCCGAUCUACAACCCGUACGCAGGAAAGAUUUCUGGCAAGUGCGGAGAUGAAUGCAGCAGGGCAAAAGUGUCUCCCGGACCUUCGCGAGCCAAAGGCCAAACGCGGCACAUGAGGAACUCGAUGUUGAGGCUUAUUGAAGCCUGGGGAGUCCCCGAAAAGCUGAGUGGUCCCAAUGGGCCCAAUGAGGACUUCUUCCAGGCUGCCACAAGUGUCAGCAUUUGCUUUGGCAAAGGAACAUAUGAGACAGAGGAAAAGGAUGGAAAAAAGGAAAAGAAGAGAAAGAGUGCAGACGAAGGAGUUGAUCCAGGUGACCCAGGUGCAGCUAAACGCCAAAAAGAGGCGAAAGAAGAUGAGAGCGAGAACGUAGAGAUCGUGGAUGUCAAAGUGAAGUCUGUGAUGCCUGCGUUCAUGGCCUUCAAACCGGUACAGGUUUUGAGGAAGUCAGGUGCUGACGCAAGUCGGCCAAAUAAAACAUCCGAAAAGAUGGUUACUUCCCAGAAGCCUGAAGCUGUCACAGAGAACAAGGACAAGGAAAAGACUGAAAAGAUCAAACACAAAGAGAAAGACAAGGAAAAAGGGAAAGAGAAGGACAAGAAAGAGAAAAAACAAAAGGAUGCAAAGGACGCCAAUGAAGGCAAAGCCUCCGAACCAAAAGCUGGAGAUGCAAGUCCAAUAGGAAGUGCAGGCGGCCAAAAGCGACUGGACAUCGGCAAUGUCGAUGAGUUCCGGAAGCAGCUGGCAGCGCAAAGAGACCAGCUGCGACUGUGGAUAAUCAAAGCCAAGCAGGAAUGGGAAGAGAAGCAUCAGCAGAAGGGUCACAAAGGAGAAACCAAUGACCAAGAAUACUACAUUGCGUCCAUCGGAGAGACUCUGGGUCCCAACCGUGAAUACUUGGCAGAAGCCAGCAUUGGGCGGGGAGUUUUCUCCAGCGUUUUUCGCUGCAAGCAUGUGGGCCAGAAGACUGACUUUGCUCUCAAAUUUGUCCGAGCCAACAAGAUGAUGCGAAAAGCUGCGGAGAAGGAGGUGGAGACCUACCGCCGCCUUGCAAAGCUGGCGGCAAAGGAAGAUCAAGAGGGCGCGCAGUACAUCAUGCUGCUGUCGCCACCUGAGACCUUCGAGCAUCAGGGUCACUUGUGUUUGGUGUUUGACCUUCUGAAGUGCGAUUUGCGGACUGCUUUGUCCAAGUAUGGGCAAGGAAGAGGGCUGCCCCUACAAACUGUGGCGCAAUACGCUAGGCAACUCUUUUUGGCCCUCCGUUGCCUCCGGAAGAUCAAACUCAUUCAUGGUGAUUUGAAGCCGGACAAUGUCCUGAUGACUUUGAGCAAGACAGAGAUCAAACUGUGCGACUUUGGUUCUGCUAUGGACGUGGGGGAGGCCGUUAAAACUGCGUACCUACAGCCUCGUUUCUACCGGGCGCCUGAAGUGAUCCUUGGAACAGGGUAUGACACUCAGAUUGACCUUUGGAGCGCUGGAGUGACACUUUUUGAACUGGCCAGUGGCAAGAUUCUUUUCACCGGCAAGACGAAUAAUUCCAUCAUUCGUCAGAUGUUGGAGGUGUCGGGCGCUUUUCCAAAGAAAUUGGCGACAUCUGGUGAGUUUUCUUCCAAGCACUUCAACUCGGAAGGUGAAUAUCUCCUGAAGGAUCCAGACUCAAUCACUGGAAUCCGGGAUAUCUUUCCAAUGAAGAAGUAUGAGAAGCCCAGGCAACCGGUGAGUGGGAUGUUGGACCAAGUCUUUAAGAAUCCACCGCCAAAUUCCGCGGUCGAAGCUGAGGACCCUAAGACACAAGAGCGGCUUAUGCCCCGAUUGGCGGACUUGGUGACAAAGCUCUUGCAUGUGGCACCUGCGGAUGCUUGGCGAGGUCAUCCUCAAAGUCAGAUGUCCUCGAACAGAUCAAUGACAUCUUUGCUGGCUCCAUUGAGCAGCUUAGGGCUGUUUGACGGUUGGUCUUCGCUGGCGGGAUGGUUCAGCUACGAGCCCCCAGUCCGGCCAGCCGAGAAGGAUGCAACAUCCUGGAAGGCUGAGACGACACCACCAGCGCCAAGCAUCUCCCCAUUGCUGCACUGCCGGGCCACUCCAAUUCUGCCAGAUGUGCGAGAUGAUCCAUUGCCGCCCAUGGCUGAUUUCUCUCCGUUGCAGCCACCCCCGCGCUUGGAAUCCACAAAUGGACUUCGCCAAGCAUCCUUGUCCCCACCUUUCCAGUUUCGUCCUGAUCCGUCUCCCCAGAGACCGCAUCCGCAUCCGCUGCAUCCGCUGCCGCCCAGCUCUGGUGGCCUGGCACCGGCACCGCCCCAAAGGCAGCUCCAGCAGGUCCCACAGGUCCAGCGCACGCCGUCGCAAUACGCGAUCGACGUUCAGAAGAUGCCGCAGCAGCGGCAGCCAUCGCAGAUCUCACAGAUCUCACAGAUCUCACAGAUCUCGCAGCUGGACCUGCAGGCAUCGCAGGCAUCGCGACCUCCACAGCAUGCGCCACAGAUGCAUUCGCACCAGCCCCAGCUGCAUUCGCAGUACCAUCAGCAGCAUUCCCAGAGUUACUACCCGGUGAACUAUUUUGCCUCAAAGACCGAUAGCCAGAUGCAAUUCAUUUCCGCGAGGCCCAACGCAGAGCCGCCAAUCUCUUGGCGGCGGCAGCCCCCAACACCUUUGUCUCGCUAUCGCGUUGCUGAGCAGCCAAAGACAGCCCCGAUCUAUCCAAUGCAGCCAAUGCAUUCUAAUUCACGAUUGUCCCGGCCUGUGCAGCAGGUUCCUCAGUAUUUGAGGCAAUAUGGGGCAAUGGUGAGGGGAAAGAGACAUCAAGAAACAUGGUCAGAGCGCCCGCAGGAGCGCUGUACUGUUGACGAUUCUCAAAAUGCAUUUCUUCACAUCUUAGCCACAAAAUUGUAG